CUGGCCUACACACGUCAAUAUGGUCUCGUUUCAGUGCGAUGGUGAGCCGACCGUUCUUCGCCCGUUUCCCGCGAUGCAAUGAUCGCUCUCAGGACGCGAUCUGACUUGCCAACCUCUUACGCUUCUUCCAUUUCAUCGCUUACAGCUUGUGGCGAUACUGUGAAGAAACCAAAGCUGGAUAAGCACUACCAGAUGUGCCAUGCUGCAGUGACCUGCAUCGACUGCUUCGCGACCUUCAAUAGCCCCGCAGAAUUCAAGGGCCAUACAUCCUGCAUCAGUGAGGCGGAAAAGUACCAAAAGAGCCUGUACAAGGGCCACAAAACCGGGCAGCAGCAGAACGGCAGCGGUCCGCGUGGCCAGGGCCAGAACAACGGCGGCCGUCCCAACAACAACCACAACGAUUACAACAACGCGGGCGGUGGUAAGUAUCAGCAGCAGUCCUGGGGAAGACAGGGCGGCGGAGGCUGGGGCGGCGCCCGCUACGGCUACGAGGCAUCUGGCGCUAACGGCACUCCUCUGGGCACCCCGGUGCGGAUGUCGCCCGUGACAGCUGUCGCUGCUGGGGACGAGUCGCCGGUACCCGCGGCGAAGGCGAAGGCGAACGGGAAGGAGGCGAGCGGGAAUGACCUAAAGCUGGCGGAGAAGGACAAGGAGGAGAACGGGAAGGAGAAGAAGGAGAAGAAGCGGAAGUCAGUGGGUGGGGACGAGGUCGCUGCAGAGAUGCAAAACGGCGAGGGACCGAAAAAGAAGAAGGCAAAAGCCGUUGACGAGCCAGCUCCUUCAUCACCUGCGAAGGUUGAUACCGACGAGUCGUCGGAAAAGCCAGACAAGAAAGACAAGAAAGAGAAGAAGGACAAGAAGGCGAAGAAGGACAGCGCAUCCGCUGAGCUAGUAGCGUCGUCGUCAACAUCGGCGGAUGGAGAGGAGAAAAAGUCGAAGAAGAGCAAGAAGGAGAAGAAGUCGAAGGACGCAGCGGCCGUAGAGGAGAGUGCGGAGAAAGUGGAGGUGAAUGGUGUGGGGAGCGCGGAGGUUGAUAAGUCGAAGAAACGGAAGCGGGAGGAGGUGGAUGCUGACCCUGCGGUUGCGGCGGAUGAGAAGAGCAAGAAGGAUAAGAAGAAGAAGAAAAAGUCGAAGAAGGGCGAGGAGGAGGACGCUGCAGAGAAUAUUGAUGUCGAUCCACCAGCACUGACGGCUUCGUCGGAGAACAGUGGAGAAGGGAAGGAGAAGAAGAGCAAGGAGAAAAAGGAGAAAAAGGGCAAGUCGAAGAAGGACAAGUCUAAAGUGGCUGCCUGACCUCGACGACGUCCUCGUGUCUUGUCUUGCUUGUUCUUUUCAAGGCGGUUGUAUG